GCAUCUGGUGCAGUCUGAUUUGCAGCCCUCUCUGAGCCACCCCUCCUCAGCUGUCUCCUCUCUUAGGAAGAGCCCCACGUCCCUUUCCCUCCAGCCACUGUGCUUUGCCUUCUCUCCAUAGGCUGGCCACCCGGCACCCCAGGUCUAAGCAGCACAUUAAUUCUUCAGGUGACAGCCCUGCAGAGAAAACCCACGGGAGCCAACAAGAGGGUGGGCCUAAAACGCUUACCAGCCAUCACCCCCGCCUCCAGCCUCGGCAGGCGUCGGUCCUUAAGCCCAGCCUGGGGUUCCCGGAGCUCCAAGUUGGUAGCUUUCUCAGCCAGGGUACAUCCUUACCUACAUGCAGCUGCACUGGGCACCUGAAAAUCUGGGGUACUCCUGGGUCUUAAUGUCCCCUGCCCGUUUCGUCCAAUCCCGGCUCUUCGGCUCUGCUUUCUCCAGAGAGAGGCUCGUUAAGUGCAAAGGGGAAAAGCCGGCCAGAGCUCUGACAGCGCAGCCAGCCUGGGAAAGAGCCAGUCGGGUGGCAACGAAGCCAUGUAAGAGGCGUGUCGUCCCCUGGGAUACGCCGUCCGUUUCUGAGUUCCCCGUGUCGGCCGACAGGACCGGAGUUUAAAAUGUGCUUUAAAAAUAUUUUGUGAGUGGGCAGCUGAUGGCUGUAAAAUCCCAUCUCUAAACAAUUAGCCCCCGGUGGGCACAGAGGCUCCAGUUCAGUAGUCUGGGGUAGGGCCCCAGACAUCCGAAGGGCCCUUAAGAUGUCAGCUUAGACCCAGCACUGGGGCUGGGCAGAUCAGCUGCUGCUGUGCAGAGCCGGAGCCUUUAAUCUCCAGUCUCUGGGAGCAGGUAAUCAGCAACCAGUCUCCCUCUCGGGUGUCAUUUCGAAAGCCUGGAGUUUUACACAAUGGGUGGGGGGGGAGUUUGCACUAACUUCUGCCCAGGUGUUUCUCUGCAAAUCCACUUCCCGGCUCUUGUCCCAAACCUCGGCCAGUGGCGUUCUUUGAACUGGCCAGUCCCCAUCCGGGUUGUCCCUAGAAAGGUGACGCGUAGGUACCGUCCACAAGACGACGCAGCCGCUGCCUCUUUUACAAUGGAUCCCAAGCACACCGAAGUGUCAGUCAAUAACCGGAGCAGAAAAUGGUCUUACUGGCCUCACUGGCUUCUGGCCCCAUCCCAGCAGCACUGCGGUGAGACGGCGCCAGGCCGAAAGGUCAGAAACGGACGAAUCAGCCAGCACCACGGCUCCAGCCCAGGGAAGGAGCAGGCCCGGCUGAGAAUUCCAGUGCAGCGCCGGACCGACGCCCCCGUGGGCAGCUCCCGCUACGAUCUCACGCUGUCCCGCCCCGAGGCCUUCCCCCAGGAGCUCAGCGUGAGGAAGGCUGAGCUGAGACUUUUCAAGCCGUCUCUCCGCACUCUGGAUUUGUCCAGGCUCAAUGCCUCCUGGCCGUCUCGGGAGGAGCCCUACAGGCUGCCAGAGCCCAGGCAGCGCCGCGGGGACCCCCCCCCGUGGGCUCAAUGCCUCCUGGCCGUCUCGGGAGGAGCCCUACAGGCUGCCAGAGCCCAGGCAGCGCCGCGGGGACCCCCCCGGAGCCUCGAGCUGGGGCCUGCGGUCCGGGAGUGGGCAGCUAGCGCCGCGCCGCAGCUGCAGCUGCAGCUGGUGUUCCCUGCAGACCUUUCUGCCUUCCUGGCCACCAACCAGAGCAGCCAGGGAGCUGAGACGCUCCAGCUGGAGGUGGAAGCGCAGGUGCCGGUGGGCGAGCGGCGGAGGAAGUCCCGGGCGCUGGAGGAGGAAUGCAGGAAGAACGACGGGAAAUGUUGCCUCAAGUCCCUCAAAGUGUCUUUCCAAGAAUCGCGCCCAACAGCUACUACAUGA